GCCUUUGCUAACGCUCACACACUAUUGCCUAGCUAAAAAUCGAGAAACGUCGCUUGUUAUGUGGAGUUACAACUAAGAAGUGUAGAAAACAAAAAAAAAAAACAUUACCAAAAUUUGUACGUUAAUUUACGAGAAAAAAAGAUAAAAUAAAAACAAAAUGCAUUCUGUAGAAGAAAUGUUGGUGGAAAAAAACUACAGCAAGUGUCCUUUAAAGAAAAGGCCUGUGACAUAUCAGUUUGAGGCGCCGCCAACAACAAUGACGACAACAGGAGGAAAAGAAACUGAAAUCACAACUGUUGAGCCUGAAAACUUGUGCCUGAAAAAUAAAAAAACCGAAAUUGUUGAAAUCUCUACGGAGGAGUUGAUCAAUGUGGAGGAUGAAGGUGUCGAUGUUGAUCACACAACCGACGACGAUGCCGACAGUGAAGAUGAUGUGCAAGUGGAUGAUGUCGAUGUUGUGGAAACAAAUCAAACGCAAGCAGCUGCCUUGGCAGCAGCGGCCGCUGUAGCCGCUGCAGCAGCAGCCGUUUCCGUAGUGCAUCCAACACCCACGUAUCCAUGGAAUUUUCAUAUGUCUCCAUAUACGGCGGAAUUCUAUCGUACCAUCAAUCAGCCACAUUUGGCAGCAGCCGCUGCAGUAGCCCAUCAUCAUCAUCAACAUCAUGCUGAACAAUUAAUUUCGCCAAGUUCUCCAUCAGACUCGAUGGGUUCAUUAUCACCGCCGCCCCAUCAUUAUUUGCAUGGUCGCGCCAGCUCGGUAUCACCGCCCAUGCGUUCAGAAAUCAUACACAGACCCAUUGGAGUGCGCCAGCAGCAGCAACAUCGUUACGUGCCUUAUAGUACAUCAUUUCCACCACCAGCACCACAAACUGUGGCGCAAACAUCUACAGGAUAUGCCGCCUAUCAUCCGCAUUCGCAUCAUCAUCAUCAUCAUGCACCUAUCUCACCUGCUUAUUCGGAAAAUUCAUAUUACUCAAUGCGUUCUAUGACUCCGGAAUCGAAUUGCUCAUCAGUGCCCGAAGAUUUGUCAUUGAAAUCUCUGACGAAACCAACAGGAGCCGCAAGUGCAUUGAUUUCUUCACCCAAAGAGGCUUCAUCAUCAUCAUCGCCAGCUCCAGCAUCCACUUUGACGACAAGUCCUUCAUCGAAAAAGGAUAAGACACAACAACAGCCGCCUCGCUAUCAAUGCCCGGAUUGCCAGAAAUCAUAUUCAACAUUCUCGGGUCUGACAAAACAUCAGCAAUUCCAUUGUCCAGCUGCUGAAGGGAAUCAGGUGAAAAAGUCCUUCAGUUGCAAGGAUUGUGAGAAAACUUAUGUAUCCCUCGGUGCCCUCAAAAUGCAUAUACGGACACACACAUUGCCGUGCAAAUGUCAAAUGUGUGGCAAGGCUUUCUCGCGUCCCUGGCUACUGCAGGGUCACAUUAGAACCCAUACGGGUGAGAAGCCCUUCAGUUGUCAGCAUUGUCAUCGUGCCUUUGCCGAUCGUUCGAAUCUGCGAGCUCAUCUACAGACACAUUCGGAUAUCAAGAAAUAUUCCUGCAACAAUUGUGCCAAGACAUUUUCACGUAUGUCUUUGCUCACCAAACACUCGGAGGGUGGAUGUCCCGGAGGCACUUCCACAACGAGCUACAACGAGCCUUAAGUUCAACAAAAAGAAAAAAAAAAUACCAGAAAAAAAACUAUUGUUAUAAAAAAGAAAAAAACAAAAAAAAUGAAAGCCAUGUUCCACCAAAAAUUAGUUCCUAGCUCGUUUAAGACUACAUCUCGUCUCGACUCCUCCCACAAGAGCCCAGUGCCACAAAGAACAAACAAAAACUAAACUUAAUUCUAUAGAAAAACACAAAGGGGAAACAAUUUAUUUUUUAUAUUUU